AUGCCUGCCAGCGGAGAAACGGAGCAGGAGCAGAUGAGUUGCCCCCAGAGGAGCAGGGAACAGGAAUAUGAGGAGGACGAUGAAGAUGAGAUCCAGGAGGUCCAGAUCACCGGAGAGGAAGAAGACGAGGAGUCCGACAGAGAUGGUGUGGAGCUGGAGUGGGAGUCAGGGGACACAGUGCUGCUGGACUCCAGCGCGGAGAUACAGGCGGUCGUUAUGCGGAGUAUGGACCGAGGAGAGGAGCAGGGGGAGGUGGACCUUUUCAGCAGCAGCAGCAUGCCAGCUGGACUGGAGGUUCACCUGGGGGGAGAACUUCAGCGGGCCGAGCGGAAUAGGCUGAGUGAGAACACGCGCCUGGCCACCCGGUAUGCAGUGAGGAUCUUCCGGGAGUACCUGAGUGAGAAAGCCCAAAGUCCAGACUUUGAAACUCUGGACAAGGAGUCUCUGUGCGCGGUGCUGCGCUCCUUUUACGCGGAGGCGCGCUCUAAAAGUGGACAGCUGUACAGCAAGUCGUCCCUCAUCAGCAUCCGGAGCUCCCUGAAUCGGUACCUGAACGAGCCGCCCUACUGCCGCACCUUGGACCUCACGAAGGACCCCGAGCUGCGCAGCGCCAACCUGACCCUGGCCGCGGUCAUCCGGCGGCUGGAGGAGCAGGGAGCCGGUCCCGUGGUGCAGAAACAAGCCAUCACUCGCUCAGACCUGCGGAAACUAUACGACUCCUCUGUGUUCAACACAGAGACACCUUUCGGGCUACUCAACAAAGUCUGGUUCGAGACCUGCAUGUACUUCUGCACCCGGGGCCGGGAGAAUCAGCGGGAGUUGGAGGAGGACUCGUUCGGUCUGGCAGUGGAUGAGGACGGGAGGAAGUUUGUAUAUUUUAAAGCUCUUGGGCCGUACCACAAGUCCCGCUCCGCAGCCUGGACCAGGAAGCGUCCGGACUCAGACGAAGAUACUCUGCCCCGGAUGUACGAGACCGGUUCGGAGCAGUGUCCCUACGCCAGUUUCGUCCGGUACGUGUCCAAACGGAACCCGCUGUGCAGGGCGUUCUUCCAGCGGCCCCGGGACCACUGCUGCGCGAGCGACAUGACGUGGUACGAGAACAAAGCUAUCGGUAAGAACCUGUUGGGCACGAGGAUGCAGAUGAUGUCGCGCGCCGCCAAGCUCUCCAAGACCUACACUAACCACUGCAUCGGCGCCGUAUCCAUAGCAACGCUCAACAGCAUCGUGGGCGCCACGAGCUCCAGGCCAACAACGACGCUUUACGUUGCCUCGGAAACGGUCAACGGUCAUGCGCAGUCCGACAUCCAGCUCGUGAUCCCGUACAUCCGUCUGGUAGCUGACGGUGAAGAUGUGAAGCCGCUUCGGGGGGUAUGUGCAACGAUAAACACACCAGCAACGACGGAUAGGUUGCGCGAGGGUGACUCGGGGGUUCCUCAAUUGAAGAGGCUGUGCGUGCGCCCCGGGACACAAGUGGAAACGCCGAUGGAGAGGAAUGAGAGCGAGUCGGAGUCCCUUCAUCAUCCACAGCUUGGUGCGCGCCCCCCCUCUGCGCCCAAACAGGACAGCUGUGGCAGCAGCAGCAGUGUGUGCAGUCAGCAACGGCUCUCUGUGUCUCCUCUUGGCUCAGCUGGCAUCCCCACAGCAGCCCAGCUCACCAAAACAAACGCACCUGUCCACAUCGAUGUUGGGGGACACAUGUACACCAGCAGCCUGGCCACCCUUACAAAGUACCCUGGGUCACGGAUCGGUCGUCUGUUUGAUGGAACGGAGCCCAUAGUGUUGGACAGUCUGAAGCAGCACUACUUCAUCGAUCGGGACGGUCCAAUGUUCCGCUACAUCCUGAACUUUCUCCGGACCUCAAAACUCCUCAUCCCUGAUGACUUCAAAGAAUACUCACAGCUGUAUGAAGAGGCCAGCUUCUUCCAGCUGACUCCUCUGCAGGCUGCGCUGGAGCGCUGGAGGACGGAGCAGGAGUGUGGGGGUGUGUGUCCGCAGUGUGAGUGUGUGGUGAUUCAUGUGGCUCCGGAGCUCGGAGAGAGGAUCAGCGUGAGCGCUCGCCGGGCUACCAUCGAGGAGAUUUUUCCUGAGGUCAGAGACGCCAUGUCCAGUUCCCAGAACACCAGCUGGAACCAGGAGUCCACACACAUCACUCGCUUCCCGCUCAACGGGUACUGCCACCUCAACUCUAUCCAGGUGUUGGAGCGGCUGCAGCAGAGAGGGUUCUGGAUCACAGGGUCAUGUGGCGGUGGAGUGGACUCGUCCCAGUUUAGUGAAUACAUUCUACGGAGAGAGGGCCUGGGCAGCCGACAGCCCCCCAGCCUCAUCCGAAUAAAACAUGAACUCACUGACUGAGUAAGAAACUCCAGGGAGAGCCAACUCACUUCAGCAUGACAGAAAAAACGCUGUUUACCACUGCGAUGACAAUAAGCUAUAGGUGACGGAGAUGUUAGUCUUUUUUUUAACACUACUUAGCACAUCAACUAGAAUGAUUACAGUAUAAAAUAGAUCCAUCGGUGUAGGGGAAUCAUGGGAAAGGUGACGUACACUAGCAUUAGCGUUUCUAUUGAAAUUAAAUGGAGGCUAGCACUGUAGAUGAUACACUUUAACACUAUAUAUAUAUAUGUCGUUUUUAUCUUGUGAUAUUUCCAGGAAAUCAAAUUGAAAAAAACAUUGAUGAGAUGCUCAUGACUGUUUUUGUCUUAUCCAUUAAAUAAAUACCUGAAAGUCAGGGUACUUCAUCACAUUGAUGCAAAAAACGUUUAAAUUGGUACUGCUGUAGAACAGUACGGCUCAGAGAUUGCCCAGUUUCCCCAACACUCGUUAAAGGGAGACUAUAGUAUAUUCAUUUGGCAAAAAAUAAAGUACAGUAUGUAUAUAAAGUGUGAUUUCAACCAAAUCUCUCCAUAUUCUCAGACCACCUUCUGAAUAUGGAUCAUUUGUUUUGACCCCAUAUAAAACACAUGCACUUUCACAUCAUGCUCAUAUUCACUAAACGAUGCAAAGAUACACUCUUUGGAACCGACUGGUGGCUACAGCUCAUCAAAUGAGCGCACAGCUUUUACAAGGGCUUUUACAUCAUUAAAGGCAAAGUUUCUCUCCCAAACAGACCCUGAACAGCCUAGGUUUGACUCCUUUGUCUACUUCCGUAACAUAAUGACAUCACUAUGUAACUUGUAGUUUAUUGGCUAGCGCUCCAACACAUUGUACAUGAUACACUAAGGGGCAGUUCAUUUUUGAAACAUCUCUAAGCGGUUGACCAAUCACAACAGAGCCGGCCAGCUAACCAAUCAGAGCAGACUGCGCUCUGGUUUCAGACAGAGGGUGAAAAGAGGUGCUGCAGCACAGGCAGUAUGAGAACAAUAAAGAGCUUUUUAAACAUUAAAGCAUGGAACCUAAAAAUGAGCACAAUGUCCUUUUUAAAAGUAAAGCAUUUUAAAACAAAAACUGCAUACAUUUUGUUAUGUUUGUGUAAGAACGUACUCUCAAGAUACCUUUUUUUUUUCUUACUUAAAAAGCCUGACAGAUUAUUACUCAGAUUGGAUUUUUCUGAAACUGUUCACCAAGGAGAAAUGAUGACAUCAAUAAUUAGUUUGAUGUCAAUCUACGUCUAAAGUUGAUGGACAAUGAACUCCAGUUGAACUGUGAAUUACUAUCCUGCUGAUGGGGCUUCUCAUUUUGAGACAAGGACAAAAUGACAACGUUCAAAGGACCUGGUGCUGUUCAGACUUGGAUCACAGCUCUACAAAUACAGUCUUAAAAACAAAGCCAAGGUUAUUCAUUUUUAAGAUCUGUAUAUGUUGUAUAAGUACUGCAUAUGUUCAAGGCAACUGUGUAUAAAUCAUGAGGUAUGAGCCUUUUUUUGCAUGUACAGUUGCAUUAUUUUGUACUACUUGCAGAGACCAUCAUGUACUCUAACAUAAAGCAGAUCCAAAGUGUUUGCAUUUGGUAAAGUACACUUUAAGAGCACAAGCACCGAGUUCCCUGUGAACAAAAUAACUUAUUUUGUUUGUGGCUUCUUGUAAUAUUUUUUAUGUACAUUUGUUCACUUCAUUCUGCUUUUCAAAAUAAAAGGCAGAAGAAGAAUCAACAGGAAGGAUUUCACCGUUUUUCAAAUGGCAUAUAUUUACAAAAUGUAAAUGACACGGUGGGGUUUAGGAGCAGCAACCCAGAUCAGAAUUGUUCAUCUAUAGAUCAUAUUUUCUGUUUUGCAUAAU